AUGAGCUUGAAAGAAGUAUUCGAACAACAUCCAUGGAGGUCAUUUAAGAAGUUCAAUGAAGCUGCAAAGAGUUGGGGAUUUACUAACAGAGCUGAAGUGAAAAGGUUUUUUGACAAAAAUGUUGUACAUCAAACAAAAAUAAACCCUUACGACUACUUUUUACCAAUUUACUCCAACACUCCUGACGCAUACCAAUUUGACACUCUCAUUCAAAGCAGAAAAGGAGGACAUAAACCAUUCCUCAUCUUCAUUAAUGUUAACACUCGUAAAGCAUAUGCAUAUCCAAUGAAAAAUAAAGGAACUCGUGAAGUGUUAAGAGUUUUACAAAAGUUUGUAGCAGAACAUAGCCCAAGUACUUUAACAUCAGACCAAGACAGUGCAUACCUCAGCAAUGAAAUCACAGAUUUUCUCAUUAAGCAUAACAUAACUUACUACACUACUGAAGACCGUAACCAUAACAUACUCGGCAUCAUAAACCGCUUCAUAAGAACGCUCUGA